CCCGCGCCUUUUGUGUCGGGCUGGGAACGCCGCGCGCGCUCUCUCCUCGGCGGCGGCGGGCCGAGGGACGCCCGCGCGCGUCCCACCUGGUGCAGCGGGCGGAGGGACGCACCCUCAGUCUCGGCCCUUGGGCUGACCUCGCCCUCCCGCUUCCCGGUCGGCGGAGCCGGGGGUCGCCGCCCCCUCCCCUCCUUCCACCUCUCCCGGCGGCGCGCGCACACGCCGGCCCGGGCACGCGCCCGCCAAGAUGGCAGGGGCCGGGGCCCAGCUGUCAGGCGCGGCCGCCGCAGCCCUUUCCCGCAGCUAGCGGCCCGGACGCCCGCCCCGAGAAGAUGAGCCCCCGCUGCCCCCCGCAGCCCAGCGAGACGCGGAGCCGCCGCGCCCGGGGCCGGCUCCCCCGCUAACGCCCCGCGCCCCGCGCCGCGCGCCCGGCCCCGCGCGCCCGCCCCGGCAGCGACAAUGAGCGAACAGAGUAUCUGCCAAGCCCGGGCUUCCGUGAUGGUCUACGACGACACCAGCAAGAAGUGGGGGCCGAUCAAACCUGGCCAGCAGGGGUUCAGCCGGGUCAACAUCUACCACAACACUGCCAGCAGCACCUUCCGAGUCGUCGGCGUCAAGCUGCAGGACCAGCAGGUUGUGAUCAAUUAUUCAAUCGUGAAAGGGCUGAAGUACAAUCAGGCGACACCGACCUUCCACCAGUGGCGAGACGCCCGCCAGGUCUAUGGCUUGAACUUCGCCAGCAAGGAGGAGGCGACCACGUUCUCCAACGCCAUGCUGUUCGCCCUGAACAUCAUGAACUCCCAGGAGGGAGGCCCCUCCGCCCAGCGUCAGGUGCAGAAUGGCCCCUCUCCUGAUGAGAUGGACAUCCAGAGAAGACAAGUGAUGGAGCAGCAGCACCAGCAGCAGCGCCAGGAGUCUCUAGAGAGAAGAGCCUCGGCCACAGGACCCACCCUCCCACCGGGGCACCCCUCAUCUGCAGCCAGCGCCCCCCUCUCCUGUAGUGGGCCUCCGCCCCCGCCCCCGCCGCCUGUCCCACCACCACCCGCGGGGGCCGCACCCCCGCCCCCGCCCCCGCUGCCAGCCGGAGGAGCCCAGGGCUCCAGCCACGACGAGAGCUCUGUGUCGGGUCUGGCCGCCGCCCUGGCUGGGGCCAAGCUGAGGAGGGUCCAGCGGCCGGAAGAUGCGUCCGGAGGCUCCAGUCCCAGCGGGACCUCGAAGUCCGACGCGAACCGGGCGAGCAGCGGGGGCGGCGGCGGCGGCGGCCUCAUGGAGGAAAUGAACAAACUGCUGGCCAAGAGGAGAAAAGCAGCCUCCCAAACAGACAAGCCGGCCGAUAAAAAGGAAGAUGAGAGCCAAACGGAGGAGCCGAGCACCUCCCCGUCCCCGGGGACCCGAGCAGCCAGCCAGCCGCCCAACUCCUCAGAGGCCGGCCGGAAGCCCUGGGAGCGGAGCAACUCUGUGGAGAAGCCUGUGUCCACACUGCUGUCCAGAACCCUGUCUGUGGCCAAGAGCCCCGAAGCUAAGAGCCCCCUCCAGCCGCAGCCUCACUCUAGGAUGAAGCCGGCAGGAAGUGUCAACGACGUGGCCCUGGAUGCCUUCGAUUUGGACCGGAUAAAACAGGAGAUCCUGGAGGAGGUGGUCCGAGAGCUCCACAAGGUGAAGGAGGAGAUCAUCGACGCCAUCAGGCAGGAGCUGAGCGGAAUCAGCACCUCGUAGGGCGCGAGGCCCCUGCGCCCCGAGACGCGGCCCCGGCGGACGGCCCCGGCCUGCAGCACCCGCCAGCGCGCACUGGGGCUGGGAUGCACUUCGUGCGAAGUCUUAGCCUGUGACGAAACAUUACAAUGAGGAAACAGUUCAGUUCCUGGAUUUUUUAGAUUCUACCUGACACACAACACCAGGUCUACUCACCUUUUUUUGUAUUUUAUAUUUGUCUAUUUAAGUGUACAUUUCUUUUGGUUUAUAGAGAAGACACCCCCAAAUCACACGCUUCAUUAGGUGGUUCUUCCUGGGUGACGCUGUCGGCACCUGGGCGGGCGGGCGGGCCGUGCCUGCUCAGCGCCUCCCCAGGGCCCUGUGCGAAGGCCUGUGCACGCCCCACAGUGUCUGUGUCCCCGUGUAAUAAACGCUUCCUGUCCACAC